AUGCCUGUCAACGCCGACAUGCCUUCCAACAGUUCAGCCCUGGCCUCAGAGCCCAUUGCCAUUGUUGGCAGCUCUUGCCGUUUUGCCGGCGAUGCCAGCUCGCCAUCGAAACUAUGGGAACUUCUAAGUAAACCACGAGACGUCAGAAGCGAGAUCCCAGAAAGUCGGUUUAACGCCAAAGGCUUUUACCACAAAAACCCCUCACAACAUGGACACAUGAACGUUCUACACUCUUACCUGCUCAACGAGGACCUGCGGGUGUUUGACGCCGAGUUCUUUGGCAUCAACCCCGUUGAGGCCCGAGCGAUGGAUCCGCAACAGCGCAUGCUCUUGGAGAUAGUCUACGAAGCCAUUGAAUCUGCCGGCCUGAGUAUCGAAGGUCUCCGCGGGAGUGAUACCGGAGUGUAUGCUGGUCUCAUGUGCGGCGACUACGAGGCCAUGCUCCUUCGCGACCUGGACCAAGCACCUACCUAUUUUGCUGUGGGAACAUCACGCGCAGUCCUCUCAAAUCGCGUGUCUUACUUCUUCGACUGGCACGGCGCAUCGGUUACCAUUGAUACCGCCUGUUCUUCCAGUUUAGUCGCUGUUCACCAGGCCGUCCGGGCCCUUCGCGCCGGAGAUUCAAAGAUGGCUGUGGCCUGCGGUUCGAACCUCAUCUUGGGCCCUGAGAUGUACAUCAUCGAGAGUAAGCUGAAAAUGCUUUCUCCAGAUGGACUCAGCCGGAUGUGGGACGCCGAUGCCAACGGUUACGCUCGUGGAGACGGAGUAGCCGCUGUCGUCCUCAAAACGCUCAGUCAAGCGCUACGGGACGGUGACAGGAUCGAGGCCAUCAUUCGCGAGACCGGCGUCAAUCAAGACGGAGCCACGCCAGGCUUGACGAUGCCGAGCGCCAGCGCGCAGCGAGCGUUGAUUCACAGCGUCUACAAGAAAGCCGGUCUCGAUCCGGAGAACCCAAGCCAUUGGCCGCAGUAUAUUGAAGCACAUGGCACCGGAACGCCAGCCGGUGAUCCUGUUGAAGCUGAAGCUCUCAGCAGCGCUUUCUUCGGUGCUGGAAAAGAGGCCAAAGACGGGCCCAUCUAUACCGGUUCGAUAAAGACCGUACUGGGUCACACGGAGGGCACUGCAGGCAUUGCAGCUCUUUUGAAGGGUGUCAAGGCCAUGCAGAAUUCUACUGUGCCGCCGAAUCUUCUUUUCAACCGGCUGAACCCUGCAGUGGCACCUUUCUAUGGCAACAUCCAGAUCGCAACACAACCACUCCCAUGGCCAACAGUUGCCCCGGGUCAACCAAAGCGAGUCAGUCUGAACAACUUUGGCUUCGGCGGCACGAACGCUCACGCCAUCCUCGAAAGCUACGUACCGCCGGGCAGCAAUGGCUCCAAUGAUACCUCCGCGGCCCUGACGCCGUUUGUGUUCUCGGCGGCAUCAGAAGAAUCUCUUCGAGCCAACCUCUCCGCCUAUGUGUCUUACAUCGACAGCCAUCCUGAGACGAAUGUCCGCGAUUUGGCUUACACGCUGAGGGAACGUAGGUCCAUCCUCCCGUAUCGUGUGUCCUUCUCGGCGACGUCGCUGGAAGACCUUGGUUCUAAGAUUCGGGCUCGACUGGACAACGGUUCAUCCGAUGUUCUUGGAGUACGAACGUGGGCGGCAACGUCCAAGAACAAGUUGUCUUCGAAAGUCAUGGGUGUCUUCACCGGCCAGGGAGCCCAGUACGCCCGCAUGGGAGCCGAGCUCAUUGAGAGUUCGCCUUUUGCUCGAGGCAUUAUUGAGAAGCUCGACAACGAACUCAGUCAGCUUCCUGAUGAGGAUCGCCCUGACUGGACCAUGCUAGCUGAACUGCUUGCUGAACCCUCCGCAUCCCGGAUCGGUGAUGCGGCUGUCUCGCAGCCCCUUUGUACAGCCAUUCAGAUCAUGAUGGUCGACAUUCUUCGGGCAGCCGGCGUACAGUUCCACACAGUUAUCGGCCACUCCAGCGGUGAAAUCGCUGCCGCUUACGCUGCCAGGUUCUUAACCGCCCGAGAUGCCAUCGUCAUCGCAUACUACCGAGGAUUACACUGCAAGAGAGCUGCGAGCCCGAACGGAGUGAAAGGCGCUAUGUUGGCCGCCGGAACCUCGGCAGAAGACGCUGCUGAGCUGUGCGAAGACGAGGACUUCGCCGGUCGUCUGGGCAUCGCCGCCGUCAACUCAUCAUCAAGUGUGACCAUCUCGGGCGACGAAGACGCCAUCGCCGAGCUCGAGGUCAUUCUUGAGGACGAGAAGAAGUUCAACCGACGUCUUAGAGUCGAUGUGGCCUACCACUCCAAGCACAUGCUCCCCUGCUUCGACCCCUACGUUGCGUCUCUCCAGCGAGCCGGCGUCAAGGCGCUUCCGGGAGACAGUCGGUGCACUUGGUUCUCGAGUGUCUUCAACGGCAGACCGAUUGAGUCGGGCGACAAGCUGAGCGAUGCGUACUGGGCGGAGAACAUGACGAGACCGGUGUUGUUCGCUCAAGCGGUACAAGCCGCCGCGUCUGCCACGGUCAUCCGAGGAGACGACACCCCUGCCGUUGCUCUCGAAGUUGGGCCUCAUCCCGCACUUGCUGGCCCGGCUUUGCAGAACAUCAGCGAGACGUUACAGAAGAAGAUCCCGUACCAUGGAACGCUCCAACGUGGCGGUGAUGCCACCUCUGCCGUCUCCGACUGCCUCGGAUUCCUCUGGAUGCAUCUCGAUAAAGCUUCGGUCAGCUUGAGUGGUUGUGAUGCCGCCCUCUUGGGAUACAGCCAGCAGCAACGUCAGUUCACUGUUCUUGGUGAUCUACCGAGUUACCAGUGGAAACACGAGACUGCCUACUGGGCUGAGUCGAGGAGGUCCCGCCGUAUGCGUCUCCGUGACCAGACAUACCAUCAACUUCUUGGAAACCUCUCUCCGGACAGCGCCGCUCACAUUUUGAGAUGGAAGAACGUCUUGAAGCCUAGCGAGAUGCCGUGGCUCGAGGGACACCAGGUCCAGGGUCAGAUUGUUCUUCCGGCUGCAGCCUAUGUCUCCACCGCCGUUGAAGCCGCUCGCUCCUUGUCCGGAGGCAAGACCAUACGUCUUAUUGAGCUCAGUAACUUCAACAUCCACAACGCCAUCACCUUCGACCAGGGAGACGCAUGCGUUGAGAUUCAGAUUGAACUUUCCCAAGUUUCCGUCAAGGCCAAACACGUCACCGCUACCUUCACUUACUCGGCUGCCUUGGGAGGUGACUCUGCCGACUUGGCGCUCGCCGCUGACGGCAAGCUGAGAGUUUCUCUAUGCGAAGACAGUGAUGCCAACGACUCAGCUUCAGCCCCCUCUCCUGUUCUGCCUGAGCGUCGCAUUCAGCCGCCCCACAUGAUUCCCGUCGAUUCAUCUCGUCUCUACGGCUUCAUGGCUGGCCUCGAGUACAACUUCUCCGGUGCCUUCCGAUCUCUCGUCAAGCUUGAACGAAAACUUGGCAGGGCGACUUGCGUUGCCAACAAGGCGAGAACAUCGGCCUCGGCACCUGAUGCAGAUGACCUCCUCAUCCAUCCCGUCGACCUUGACGCCGCAUUCCAGUCUGUCAUGCUGGCAUACAGCUAUCCCGGAGAUGACAGGCUUCGACUGCUCCAUCUGCCAUCCAGCAUCGACAAGGUCAGGAUCGAUCCCGCCGCGCUGGCUUCCAGACAGUAUACGGAUGAAGACACCACGCUGCUGGACUCCAUGUGCCCCAACUCUGGAGGCUCCGGUACUGCCAACGGAGAUGGAGAGAGCAGCGGAGGCUUUUCAGGCUGUGUCAGUAUCUACACGUCCGGCCUGUCGCGCGCAGCCAUCCAGGUUGACCAAGUCCGUUUCAAGCCCGUCGGCGCCUCUGACGCGAGCAACGACCGAGACGUCUUCUACAAGAUGCAUUGGGUGCCAAGCCAACCCGAUGGUUCGGCCGCAGCUGCCAACGUGCCUGUCACAGAUCUUGAUCGCGAUCUUGUCUUUGUUCUCAGCCGUAUCGCGGCGUUCUACUUGAGACAAUUCGAUGACACUGUCCCCCAGAACCAUCCUGCGAGAUCAGAGAGCCCGCUCUGCCACUACCUCAACUAUGCUCAGCACAUGACCAACCUGCUCAAACGUGGAGAGCACAAGUGGGCCUACAAGGAGUGGUUGAAGGAUACGGAACAGGACGUCCUUGAUCACGUCAGAGCUAAGGGUGUUAUGGACAACUCAGACGUCAGGAUCAUGCUUCUCGUUGGAAAGACCAUGCCUCGCGUCUUCAGAGGCGAAACAACCAUGCUCGAGCACUUCCGUACGUCUGGUCUUCUUGACGAAUACUACGCCAAUGGCUUCGGCACCAAGCAGUCGACCAUGUGGGUGGGCAGUGUCAUCAAGCAACUCACGAACCGGAACCCUCAUCUCAACAUUCUCGAGAUUGGUGCUGGCACUGGUGGUGCUACCAAGCGCAUUCUGGAUACUAUCGGGCACGACUUCAACACGUACACUUUCACCGACAUCUCCUCUAGCUUUUUCGAGAAUGCGGCCGAGACCUUCUCCGGUUGGAGUAACCGCAUGAUCUUCAAGGUAUGCAACGCUGAAGAUGACCCCGUCGCGCAGGGUUUCAAGCCCGGCACCUACGACGUCGUCGUCGCCUUCAUGGUCGUGCACGCUUGCGCCCGGCUAGGAGAAGCAGUGGCAAACCUGCGCAAGCUUCUCAAGCCAGGCGGAAUGCUCAUUCUCGGUGAAGGUGCCGGCGAUGGUGCCAUGCAGGCUGGUGCAGGCUUCAUCUUCGGGCCUCUGCCGGGCUGGUGGCGCGGUGUCGAGGAGGGCCGAACCCUUUCUCCUCUCGUUGACACCGCCGAUUGGGAAGUCAUUCUCCGGAACAACGGCUUCUCGGGUGUUGACACCAUGUCGCCGCCCAGACUCUUCGACGCCUUCGGCAUCACUCUCUUCGUCUCAACUGCCGUUGAUGACCGCAUCCAACUUGCUCGGGACCCUCUCACCGUUACCAGAAGUACCGUGUACGACAGGGUUAUCAUCCUUGGCGGGCAGACAACCAAGAUUGCCGCUCUGGCAGAUGGUAUUAGCGACGUGCUGAAGCCCUUCGCGAAGGAAAUUAUCGCGUUCAAGUCCUUGGAGCAGCUCGAUGAAACCGUGCUCGACACCAACUCCGUCGUUCUCAGUCUUGUGGACUUGGAGACCCCUGUGUUCAAAGACGUUACGCCAGAGCGAUGGUAUAACUUCCGCAAGCUAUUCGAGGGGGGCAAGGAUAUCCUUUGGCUCACUAGUGGGCGUCUUCAAGACGAACCAUACUGUAACAUGACAGUCGGCUUCGGAAGAUCGGCCAUGCACGAGGACGAAACCUUGCGCGUCCAGUAUCUUGACGUUCCAGACGCCAGCAAGGCCAGCGCCCAGCUGAUCGCCCAAUAUCUCCUUCGAUUCACCUCCAAGCAGCUUGAUGCCAGCGACAUUCUUUUCGUGAAAGAGCCGGAGAUUAUUAUCGACGACCAAGGCCGAGAGCUUGUGCCGCGACUGUUCCCGAUCGCGGAUGCCAACGACCGCCUCAACUCCGACUCGAGAUCCAUCUUCCGUGAAGUCGAUUCCCAAAAGUCCGUCGUUGAAAUGCAACAGCAGAACAGCGGCAGCGUCUGUCUUCGACAGCUUUCACGCUACGAGACGGCCGAAGGACUCGUGCCUUAUUCUUCAAGCAGAAAGACUAUCAAACUGCGCGUUACUCACGCCGUGUCAUCUGCUCUCCGAAGCCAAGCAGGCUAUCACUUCCUCGUGCUGGGCGUCGACGAAGCUGGUGCUCGACAUGUGUCGCUCGUCACCUCUCUGACUUCCGUGUUGAAGGCUCCUGUCGAGUCAACUGUGCGUUUCGAAGUCCCAGAUGGCUCCGAGACUGCUCAGCUGCUUCUUGUGGCCGCUGAGCUUUCUGCCAUGACCGUUGUGGAUUCGCUUCUCGCAGGCCAAAAGUUGGUCGCCCACAACGCCACGGAUGUGGUCGCGGAAGCACUAAUCUCUCAGGCUUUGUCCAAGGGCGUCAACGUGACGCUCACGACGGACUCCGAAGAGCCUUCUUCGUCCGCGGUACAUCAGCUGAAACUGCCGAGCUACCUGGAGCGCUCUGAAGUUGCCGAGAUGCUCCCUCGCGACGUCGCUUGCUUUGUCGCCUAUUCCACUGGGAUCGAGCCUUCGGAGACUGAGCUGACGAUGAUGUCUGUUCUUCCGCCGUACUGCCGCAGAGAAGACAAGCGCACCAUGUACUCCCCUCGUGGUGUGGAGAUCGGAUCCCCUGGGUCUCUCCUGGGACAGACAUUGCAGCGUGCUAUUGCCUCCAUCAAGAAACACAGCAGCAAGGGUCACAAUCUAUCUUCCCAAGUCAAGUCUGUUAACAUUGAGGCUCUUGCCAACGGAGAACUCCUAGGUAACCCCCUCGCGAUUAUCGACUGGACACCUUCGUCUGCCAGUCUAUGUGCGCGUGUUGCUCGCUUCGAAUCGAAGCAGCUGUUCAAGUCAAACAAGACGUACUGGCUGGUCGGCUUGUCCGGAGCAUUGGGCAUCUCCCUCUUCGACUGGAUGAUUGAAAGAGGCGUGAGACACCUUGUCAUCACCAGCAGAAACCCCAAGAUUGACCGACGAUGGGUUGAGGACCAUCAGCGUUGCGGUGUCAACAUCCACAUCAUGCCAUGUGAUGUGACAGACGAGGAGGCCAUCAGAGCCGUACACCAGAGAAUCGUCGACACUCUGCCGCCGAUCGUUGGUCUUCUCAACGGCGCGAUGGUUUUGAGAGAUGUUUCCGUGCGGAACAUGCAGUUCGACCAGGUGACGGACGUCACCAGACCGAAGGUCCUCGGCAGUAUCCAUCUAGACCGCAUCUUCCACGACGUCGACCUUGACUUCUUCGUCCUCCUGUCCUCCAUCAACUGCGUGAUCGGAAACGUCGGCCAAGCCAACUACGCCGCUGCCAACAUGGGCAUGAUUGGUGUUGCUGGCAACCGCAGAAAGCGCGGCCUCCGCUCGUCUGUUGUCAACGUCGGUGCCAUCAUUGGCAUCGGCUACAUCACGCAGUCGGAGCGCCAGCUUGACGUGACGGUCGCCAAGACGGCCAUGAUGCAUCUUUCAGAGCAGGACUUCCACCAGAUCUUCGCCGAGUGCAUGGAAGCCGGCCAUCUCGACAACCCUAACGGGCCGGAGAUCUCCACGGGUCUUCUUCCCAUCACGUCCGACAUGGCCAAUAUCCCGCCUUGGUACCAUGACCCCAAGUUCACACGCUUCCUCGUCCAGCAGUCAAUCUCCAACGGUGACGGCAAACAGGAGAAGACGAACUCGGCUUCCAUCCAGGACCUCCUCCGCGAGUGCAGAUCACGACAGGAGGUGCUUCAGGUUGUCAAGGAAGCGUACGGCACCCAGCUGCGUCGUAUGCUUCAGGUUUCUACCGGCGAUGAUGACCUGAUGAUGAUGCGGGGCGUCGAAUUGGGAUUCGACUCCCUUCUCUCGGUCGACGUCCGAUCGUGGUUCCUGAAGAACUUCCAAGUUAGCGUCCCCGUCCUCAAGAUCAUGGCCAACGAUGUCCGCAUGUCUAGCCUGGUAGACCUGGCCGUUGAAGGUAUUCCAUCCGAGCUGGUUCCUCAACUCCAGCAAGACGGCCCUCAGAGCCCCAAUCCCAACAGCAGCGGAAGCAGCAGCAGCGGCGAGGAUUCGAGCAGUGUCCUUCCGAAGUCCACCGGCAGCAACGACCUGUCCUCAGGAGUCACCACACCCCCAGAGUCGACAUUUGAUGUUGAACCAAAGGUCACCAGCAGCCUUCUUGUCGAGUGGACGGCUGAGACGACUCCCCCUGAGCCCGACACCUCAGUUCCCGACCUUAGCAGCGCCCCCGCUCCCAAGGCGAACCCGGAAGUCGUACUCUUAACCGGUUGCAGCGGUCUGCUCGGACACCACCUCCUCAACUCGCUCCUCGCACAACCAUCCGUCCGCAAGAUCAUAUGCGUUGCUGUUCGUCGGCUACCGGAGCGUCUCGAGACCAAGCGACUCCCCUCAGCAGGCGGCCGCGUCGUCUACCACGAGGGCGACCUCUCGCAGUCCCGCUUCGGUCUUCGCGAAGACGAGUGGGCCGACAUCUUCGGCGAAGUCGACGCCGUCAUCCACAACGGCUCCGACACGUCCCACCUGAAGUACUACUCAGCCCUCCGACAAGCCAACGUCGAGUCCACGCGUCAGCUCGUUGGGGCUUGUCUGCGACGCAUGGUCCCCUUCCAUUACGUCUCCUCGGCCGGCGUGGCUCUCUUUGCCGGGCUCGAGGCUUUCCCUCCGACCUCGUGCACGGGAACAGGCAAGACGCCCCCGGCGGACGGCGCGCAUGGGUACAUGUGCGGUAAGUGGACUUGCGAGAGGAUGCUUGAGCGCCUGAUGGAACGACACCCUCAGCUGCGAGUCGUCGUCCAGCGUCCGUCGACAAUCAUCCGCGAAGGCGACGAUGCCGAGACCGAUGAGGCUGGGCUUGAUUGGGUCAACUCGCUGCUGCACUACGCCCACAAGACCCGAACGGUACCGCGGGUUGAGUACAACGCCGGCGCGUUCGACCUCGUUUCCAUCGAGACGUGCUGCGACGAUGUCAUCCGGGAGUUGCUCAGGGACACCGUCAAGUGUCCCGCUAAGACGGACAAGGGCAUUACCUUUGUGAACAACGUCGGCGAUAUCAUCAUUCCCAUGUCGGGCAUGGCGGAGAUUGGAUUGAGGCAGACGGGCAAGAAGUAUGACGUGCUGCCGAUGGAGCAGUGGACUAGGGCAGUUGUGGCAGCGGGCAUGCACCCGGCCGUGGCUGCUUUGAUUGAGACUUUUGACGAGCCUGGAGUUGACAAGUACCCGAGACUGCUCAGGGAGGUGGAGGCUUGA